AUGAAGAUUCUCUUCUUCUGCACCGCCUUCAACUCAUUAUCACAGCGUACCUACCUCGCACUCUCAGAACACCACUAUGUCACCAUAGAAUACGCCCUCUCCCAGGAGCUCAUGGUCGAGGCCGCCGAGCUCGUCAAGCCCGACCUCAUCAUCUGCCCCUUCCUCACCACCCUGGUGCCCGCCCAGGUCUACUCCAAGUACCUCACCCUCAUCGUCCACCCGGGCCCGCCGGGCGACGCCGGCCCCAGCGCCCUCGACUGGCUCCUCAUGGGCGACGACGGCACCGAGCCCGACAGCAAGAAGCUCCUCAAGCGGACGUCCCUGAGCGAACACGGCCGCCCCUACUGGGGCGUCACCGUCCUGCAGGCCACCGCCGACUUCGACAUGGGCCCCGUCUGGGCCUUUGAGCAGUUCGCCGUCGACGUUGACCAGCCCAGCGUCACCAAGUCGAGCCUCUACCGGGGGCCCGUCACCCGCGCCGCCGUAGCCGCCGUGCUCAAGGCCGUCGACCGCAUCACCCUCGCCUCCAAGACCUCCUCCGCCACCAGCUCUCGCAAAUCCUUCUCCUCCGCCAACUCCCGGCCCAACACCGCAGCCUCAGCCGUGCACCCGGACCUCGUCGCCAACCCCGUCUUCGCACAGCUCUCCGUCACAGCCGGCCAGCCCUUCCAGGGCGGCCAGACCCGCCACCGGCCGCUCCUCCGCGCCGCUGACCGCGACUUUAACCCAACCACCCACACCGCCGCCGAGAUCUCCCGCCGCAUACGUUGCGCCGACUCGCAGCCCGGCUGCCUCAGCGGGCUCUUCGGGCCACGGCUGUACCUCUACGGCGGCGUCGUCGACGGCGGCCGGCAGGCAACCGGCGCGGUGCCGGGAUCCGUCAUCGCCAGCCGCGACGACGCCGUCUGCGUUGCCACGUGCGACGGCAAGGGCGUCUGGAUCACCCACGUCCGCCGCGUCAAGGCCAAGACGGACGCCGCGCUGUGGCCCAAGGUGCCCGCCGUCCAGGGCCUCACCGAGCUCGCGGAGCACUGCAUGGGCCGCCACGACCUGCAGCGCGUCGUCUCGGUGCGCGACAGCCGGCGACGACCCGACGGCGGGGACGAGUGGUCCCGCGCGACGCGCAGCACGCUGCAGGACCUCUGGAUCGACUUUGAGCCCGCGGGCGACGACGACGGGGGCAGCGUCGCGUACGUCUUCUUCGACUUCUACAACGGCGCCAUGAGCACCAAGCAGUGCCGACGCCUUCUUCGCGCCCUGCAGCACGUCCUCUCCGUCGCCUCGGAGCGCCGCGUCCGCGCCGUCGUCCUCAUGGGCGGCUCCUACUUCAGCAACGGCAUCCACCUCAACGUCAUCGAGGCCGCCGCCGACCCGGCCCUCGAGUCGUGGUUCAACAUCAACGCCAUCGACGACCUCGUCCACUGCCUCCUGCACGACCUGCCCGCCCGCAACAUCCGCACCGUCGCCGCCGUGCGGGGCAACGCGGCCGCCGGCGGCGUGGCGCUGGCCACCGCGUGCGACGUGGUGCUCGCCGGCGAGGACGUGGUGCUCAACCCGGCGUACCGCGCCAUGGGCCUGCACGGCUCCGAGUUCCACAGCCUGACCUACCACGCGCGCUGCCGCGGGGACAACGGCCGCCGCGUGCUGCGCGAGAUGCUCCCGCUGAGCGCGCGCGCCGCCGCGCACCUCGGGCUGGUCGACCGCGUGCUGCCCGGCUGGGGCGCCGCCCUCGACUCCGCCGUCAAGGCGCAGGUCAGGACCGAGCUCCUCUCCUCCGCCGCGGGCGACCUUGCCGAGUGGAAGCGCGGGCUGGACAUGUCGGCGGCGGCGCUGGCGCGGGUCCGCGCGGAGGAGCUCGCGGAGAUGGCAAAGGACUUCUGGAGCCCCCGCGCGCUGCGAUACCACCCGCGGCGCGCCGACUUCGUCCGCAAGGCCAAGGCCGGCGCGACGCCCCGCCGGUUCGCGCUGCACCGCAAGGCGGACGGCCUGGUGGACGAGGAGGAUGACGAGCGCUUCGACUCGGUGGAGUGGUUCGCGAUGAAGGGCAGCGGCGCGGCCAGGAAUGCCGCCGUCGCGGAAGGGGAGUCUUCAGUGGCCGCGCCGAAGCAGCCGGAGAAGGUGUACGCGCGCAGCAGGACUGCGCCAUCGUCUAGCUGCGACAUGAACGAGGAGAAGAGCUGGGGCCGCGCGGAGGCGGUGCCCAAGGCCAAGACUCGGGGGACUAUAUUUUGCUGCUAUUAUGAUGCAGACUAA